UGGUGUGGCUUCUACCUCUUGCGGCGUCCCUCUCUCGACUGCUGGGCUCCCCACAGUGACGGAGGCGGAAACUCCUUUCUGUGUUAUGCUUCCGCCGCCGCCUCUUUUCCGUCAGUAGCCUGUCUAUCUCGGGACAUUGCUACAGAUGAGUAUCUCGCGAAGACGGGACAGCCGAGCGCUGGUGCACGCUCGCUUCCUCCGUCCUAGCGGGCCUCCUUGCGCUCCAGAGCCUAGGCCGGUCCCUGCGUCGAGUGAAGCUGCUGGCUCGGGGUAGGGCGGCCCAGGCAAACACCAGACCAACCCUUCUGAAACAUGGUCGCUGUUCUUUGAACACCCGACUCGUUCCCGUUCAGCUUCUGGGGACAUCACCUUCCCAAUGCCACCAAACUGACCUAAGUAACAGAAGGUAUUUUCCAAAGCAAAACGGAUGGGCAUACCCUCUGGCACCCUACCAGUUACUAUGAGUCUGCUACAUAGUGACAACAGCUUUGAAACCAGUGAUCAAGAGAGUGGCUGCUGUGCAGCCAUGGCUAGUGGUUGCAGCACUGGAGCCAAAGAGGAAAGCCUCAAUGCCAACUUCAGCAAUGGCACUGGUGGAACACUUUCAAACUCUUUCAUGGAGGAAACCCAGGGCUAUGAUGUGGAAUUUGACCCUCCAUUGGAAAGUAAAUACGAGUGCCCAAUCUGUUUAAUGGCUCUGCGGGAAGCCGUGCAGACACCAUGUGGACACCGUUUCUGCAAAGCUUGCAUUGUCAAAUCCAUAAGAGAUGCCGGUCAUAAAUGUCCAGUCGACAAUGAAACUUUACUUGAAAAACAACUCUUUCCUGACAAUUUUGCGAAGCGGGAAAUCCUCUCACUGAUGGUGAAAUGUCCCAACAAGGGCUGUAAUCAGAAGAUGGAACUAAGGCAUUUAGAGGACCAUCAGCUACAUUGUGGCUUUGCUUCAGAGAAAUGUCCCCAGUGCCAAGGCAUUUUCCAGAAGAAUCAGCUGCAAGAUCACAUGAAACAAGAAUGUCCACGGCGACACGUCUCGUGUCCAAACUGUGCCACGUGUAUGCCUUAUGAAGAAAAAGAGGUUCAUGACCAGAUGUGCCUUUUAGCAAAUGUCUCCUGUGAAUACUGCAAUACAGUACUAAUCAGAGAACAGCUACCUAAUCACUAUGAUAAUGAUUGCCCUACUGCUCCAGUACCAUGUACUUAUAGUGCCUUUGGAUGUCCAGAAAAAAUGCAGAGAAAUGAGUUGGCACGCCAUAUGCAAGAGUUCACCCAAGUUCAUAUGAGAAUGAUGGCUCAGUCUCUCCUGAGUGUCUUUACUACUACCCCAACUUCCAUGAAUUUCCAUGGAGCUGCACCCUUUGACCCAUCACUCUUCAACCAAGCCUUGACAGCCUCCUGUGAAUGUAGCCCAGAAGUCCAAAACUUCAAGGAGACCAUUCAGCAACUGGAAGGUCGCUUGGUGAGACAAGAUCACCAGAUCCGAGAACUAGCUGCAAAAAUGGAGACACAAAACUCCCAGAUGGGGGAUCUCAAAUGCACCAUCCGAAAUCUGGAGGAAAAAAUUGUUGAAAUGGAAGCACAGCAGUGUAAUGGGAUUUUCCUGUGGAAGAUUGAGAAUUUCAGUAUUUAUCUGAAAGCCCAAGAAGAAGAAAGGCCUGUUGUAAUCCACAGCCCAGGUUUCUACACAGGAAAACCUGGCUACAAACUUUGUUUGCGCCUGCAUAUCCAGUUGCCAAACGCUCAGCGCUGUGCUAACUAUAUUUCCCUUUUUGUUCACACUAUGCGAGGGGACUAUGACAGUCACCUGCCUUGGCCAUUCCAAGGCACCAUACGACUUUCUAUUCUAGAUCAGUCUGAAGGAUCUUCAAGGCACAACCACGAAGAAGUAAUGGAUACCAAGCCUGAGCUGCUAGCCUUCCAGCGUCCAACAGUCCCCCGGAGCCCGAAAGGCUUUGGAUAUGUGACUUUUAUGCAGUUGCACACACUAAAACAAAGAACAUAUAUAAAAGAGGAUACUCUCUUGGUACGCUGUGAGGUUAUAACACGCUUAGACUUAACCAGUCUUCGAAGAGAGGGUUUUCAGCCUCGGAGCACUGAUGGGAUAGCAUAGUUCACCAUGCUUCAACCUUGAGCUCUUGCUGUUUUUAAUUGUGAGAACUGCAUAUGAAUAAAGGAAUUCACCAUAAUUGCAAA